UCUGUACAUCCGUUUGCGGAUAUCGGAGCUUACCGGAAGUGACGUGUCCUCUUCUACCAGGCCGAGCCAACAUGGGGCGCGUCAGGACCAAGACGGUAAAGAAGGCUGCCCGGGUGAUCAUUGAGAAGUAUUACACCCGGCUGGGCAACGAUUUCCACACCAACAAGCGAGUGUGCGAGGAAAUUGCCAUCAUUCCCAGCAAGAAGCUCCGCAACAAAAUCGCCGGCUAUGUGACGCAUCUGAUGAAGCGCAUCCAGAGAGGUCCCGUGCGAGGAAUCUCCAUCAAGCUGCAGGAGGAGGAACGCGAGCGGCGCGACAACUACGUGCCGGAGGUGUCCGCUUUGGAUCAGGAGCUGAUCGAGGUGGACCCCGACACCAAGGAGAUGCUCAAGCUGCUGGACUUUGGCGGUCUGUCCAACCUUCAAGUGACGCAGCAAACGAUCGGCAUGAACUUCAAACAGCCUCGAGGAGUUUAAAUCUCUACCCUUGCCCCUCCCCGACCCUUCUUCUACUAAUAAAACAAAAACAGCCAACACAAGCAACUUUGACUUAUUUAUAAC